ACAGAUUGGGAAUGGUCAUUCAAGCUUGCAAAGGAAUGGUAGGGGAAGGGCGUCGUCCCGGGCGGAGGCAUCAUGGCAUCUGUAUCACUUUCAUCAUCGCGCACUAUACCACAUGCUUUUGGGUUGUAUUGAGAAGAAUCAACAAUCUCGUGCCGCGCACGAGUAUACUAUAUUGAAGGAAUGAAGUUUUUUGGGGUCGUACAUGUCGCACUUGUUGGUAGCUCCAUUGAGGUCAAAUUGAGGUUGGGCUCGGACCCGGAGAGUACAGUCGGACAGUCUGCGCGGCAACGCCCGAGGCAUGAACUUCACGCUCACCGCGUCCACCGCGCGGUCGCGGAGCCUCUGCGGCCUCCAUCCCCAUCGCUGCUUCACGUUUAGAUUCUACUCUCAACUGCACAGGGCCAAGCGAACCAGCUUUCGAACAACCUUUCUCCGACAAAAUGGCACACUCUCGUCACCGCCUGACCCGAAGUCAUGGGUGGAACACUUCCCCUCCAAAAUUCGGCCGUACCUAUACCUCACGCGUAUAGACAAACCUAUCGGGACCCUGCUGCUUUACUACCCUUGCACAUGGUCGAUCACUAUGGCGUCCUUCGCCCUCCAGACUCCUUACACGGUCCCUCUGACAUACUUGAGCCUGUUUGGCAUCGGGGCACUCGUCAUGCGAGGAGCGGGGUGUACUAUCAACGACAUGUGGGAUAAGAAACUGGAUAAGAGUGUCGAUAGAACGAAAGAACGACCGCUGGCAAGGGGCGACAUAUCGACGGGACAGGCUGUUGGCUUCCUGGGACUACAGCUUAGCGCGGGGCUGGCGGUGCUCACUCAGCUGAACUGGUAUAGUAUACUGCUUGGAGCGUCCUCGCUGUCGGUCGUAACCAUAUACCCCUUCAUGAAGCGGGUGACAUAUUGGCCGCAAUCUGUCCUAGGACUCGCGUUCAACUGGGGAGCACUGCUCGGCUGGUCAGCAGUAGCAGGCUCAGUCAACUGGAGUGUCGCUCUCCCUCUCUACGCCGGCGGCUUCUGCUGGACGCUCGUUUACGACACGAUAUACGCGCACCAGGACAAAGCAGACGACGUGACCGUCGGCAUCCGCUCGACCGCGCUUCUCUUCGGCGAACACACCCGACCUAUCCUCAGCGCGCUGUCCGCAUCCUCCAUCUCGCUCAUCACCUACGCGGGAUACCUCAACGCGCAGGGUGCCCUGUUCUACGCGGGCACCGGCCUCGCGGCACUUCAGCUCGCACGCGUGCUCGCGAGAGUCAACUUCGACGACAGGCCGAGCUGCUGGAAGGGCUUCGUAGGCUGUGGGUGGGCUGGCUUCUGGAUAUGGAUGGGGGCGCUGGCGGACUAUGGAUGGUUGAUGUCUGGUAUGGGCAACUGAUACAUGAUUUGUAUUGCGUGAACUUGUGGUCAGUAUGAACUCUGUGAGCGCGCGAGUGGUAUGGGCUACAGUGAUGUCCCGCUACAAUGUUAUUCAUUCGGGCUGCAGCGGCCUCGUACCCUCAAUCUCCGGAUGACCGGCUACGCUGCUGACGCCCUUCUCUGCGUCAAGUUCGCGACAUCUU